ACCAUUGAAUUUUACAUCUCGCACGCACGGUAUGAUAGCCCGAGCAUUUAAAAAGACAUGAUGCUCUGUUCUCUUUUCUUACUUUCCCUCACAUCAUGGGCCACUUAUCCAUCACCACUACUACUUUCAUCUCUUUUCUUUUUCUCCUCCUAACUCGCUACUACCAACUCGUUCAAAGCGAGUCAGCAACUCAGCCCCCUUACUCCUGCGACAUCAGCAACCCACAUACAAAGUCGUAUAGUUUCUGUAAUCUCAACCUUCCCAUCAGUGAAAGAGCCAAAGACAUAGUGUCACGGCUCACAUUGGAUGAAAAACUUUCUCAACUGGUUAACUCAGCUCCAGCGAUUCCACGACUCGGUAUACCGAGUUACCAAUGGUGGAGUGAAGCGUUGCAUGGUGUUGCUGAUGCUGGUAAAGGGAUAAGAUUGUAUGGUGGUAGUAUUAAAGGUGCUACUAGUUUCCCUCAAGUUAUUCUUACUGCUGCUUCUUUUGAUUCCAAACUUUGGUAUCAAAUUAGUCAGGUGAUUGGAACUGAAGCUAGAGGAAUCUACAAUGCUGGACAAGCACAAGGGAUGACAUUUUGGGCACCAAACAUAAACAUAUUUAGGGACCCAAGAUGGGGAAGAGGACAAGAAACAGCUGGAGAAGAUCCUUUGGUAAAUGCAAAGUAUGCAGUUUCCUAUGUCAGAGGACUUCAAGGUGAUUCUUUUCAAGGUGGGAAACUUAUUGGAGAAGAUCGUCUUAAAGCUUCUGCUUGUUGCAAGCAUUUUACUGCCUAUGAUUUGGAUGAUUGGAAGGGUACAGAUCGUUUUGGUUUUGAUGCCAAAGUCACUUUGCAAGAUUUGGCUGAUACAUAUCAACCCCCAUUUCAUAGUUGCGUACAACAAGGACGAUCUAGUGGAAUAAUGUGUGCUUACAACAGUGUCAAUGGUGUUCCAAACUGUGCAGAUUAUAAUCUCUUAACCAAUACUGCAAGAAAAAACUGGAAUUUCAAUGGGUAUAUUACGUCGGAUUGUGGAGCGGUAGAUAUCAUAAAAACAAGACAUGGUUACGCAAAAACACCAGAGGAUGCUAUAGCCGAUGUACUUAAAGCUGGAAUGGAUGUAGAAUGUGGUGAUUACUUCACUAACCAUUCAAAAUCGGCGGUGUUACAGAAAAAAGUACCUAUAUCUCAUAUCGACCGUGCACUACACAAUCUAUUCUCCAUUAGAAUAAGACUAGGCUUAUUUGAUGGAAAUCCAACCAAACUCAAAUAUGGAUCAAUUGGUCCUAAUCAAGUAUGCUCUAAACAAAACCUAAACCUAGCUCUAGAAGCUGCAAGAAGUGGCAUUGUUCUUUUAAAGAACAAUGCGAAAAUUCUCCCACUUCCAAAAUCAACAAAUUCCAUUGCAAUUAUAGGUCCUAAUGCAAACUCAUCAUCAAAAGUUGUUUUAGGAAACUAUUUUGGUCGUCCGUGUAAUUUGGUAACAAUAAAACAAGGCUUUGAGAGUUAUGCUAAGAACAUUGUUUAUCAUUAUGGAUGUAGUGAUGGAACAAAAUGUCUUAAUGCUGAAAUUGAGCAAGCAGUGGAAGUUGCUAAGAAAGUUGAUUAUGUUGUUUUGGUUAUGGGAUUAGAUCAAAGUCAAGAGAGGGAAUCACACGAUAGAGAUGAUUUAGAGUUGCCAGGUAAACAACAGGAACUCAUUGAAAGUGUUGCUAAAGCUUCUAAAAGGCCUGUUAUUUUGGUGCUUUUGUGUGGUGGCCCUGUUGAUAUUAGUUUUGCUAAGUUUGAUGACAAAAUUGGAGGGAUUUUGUGGGCUGGUUAUCCUGGUGAACUUGGUGGAUUGGCUUUGGCUCAGAUUGUGUUUGGUGAUUAUAAUCCAGGGGGAAGACUGCCAGUGACUUGGUACACAAAAGAUUACAUCAAAACACCAAUGACAGACAUGAGAAUGAGAGCCGAUCCAUCAUCUGGCUACCCCGGUAGAACAUACCGGUUCUACACCGGUCCAAAGGUCUACGAAUUUGGCUAUGGUCUAAGCUACUCAAAAUACUCAUACAACUUCAUUUCUGUCAAAAAUAACAACCUUCAUAUCAACCAAUCAACCACUCAUUCAAUACUCGAAAACUCCGAAACAAUCCGUUACAAACUUGUUUCGGAGUUAGGCGAAGAAACAUGUAAAGCCAUGUCUGUUUCUGUCUCAUUGGGAGUUACAAACAAUGGAAACUUGGUUGGGAAACAUCCUGUGUUGCUGUUUGUGAAACACAAGAAGGGAAGAAAUGGAAAUCCAGUGAAACAGUUGGUGGGUUUUGAGAGUGUGACAGUGGAAGCAGGUCAAAGGGGUAAAGUUGGAUUUGAAGUAAAUGUUUGUGACCUUGUUAGUAGAGCAAAUGAGAGUGGUGUUAAGGUGAUUGAAGAAGGUGAUUAUUUAUUGAGUGUGGGAGAGGAAAACUAUUCAAUAAAUGUCACCCUUUGAUGAAUUGAUGCAAUGUAAUUGAAUUUUCAAUCAAUAAAGAAGAAAAACUAGCUAUUUCAAUUGCAA